UUUUCACCAUGGCAACCAUUUUCAUAUUUUCGCCUGCUCGUAAACGUUAAUAAACUGACAAGGCGCAACAGGUGUACGUUACGUCUGCACGAAAAGAAGGCAACCGGUGACGAUCUCCGAUUCCAUAAAUUGAAUUCCAGAAACAAAACCGUUUUAGGUGUCAUUGGACACCAAACCCUGAAAAUGGAAAGUGACUUUUUGAGUUCACUGAAAGGCGGUUAUCCUCACUUGACUGAGAAAAUUCUGAAUUUACUGGAUGCUCGCAGUUUGGCUAAUGCUGAGCUUGUGUGUAGUCAGUGGAGAUCCUUCAUUGCUGAUGGAAGGUGUUGGAAAAAAUAUCUUCUGUCCAAAAAAGUCACUAGCAUUCCAAAUAUUUUCAGUUGGGCUGAAUAUUCUGGAGAUAAUGAGUCUGAAAGGCAUCACAAUAAACAAGACUGGAUGAAAAUCCACAAUUUUUAUCAGAAAUUAGAAGAUAACUGGCGAUCGGCUUCUGGCAGACAGCAGAAAAUAGUAAAUUAUGAAUGUCGGUGCUUCUCCAUGAACACCACGAAAAUAUUCACUGCCGGUUACGCUGAAAUUCCGUGUAUUAUAAAAACCUGGAACAGGAAAUCUCUCCAUUUCGAAAGGAAUUUCACAGACGGAGACAAACUUAAAAUAGUCAGCAUGGAUUGCGACGAUGAUUUCCUUGUCACAAUGUCAAUCGACGAUUGGUUUGAUCGCCCCGGUAUACCUUGCGUAUCUACCAUCUUUGUUCGUGAAUUACAAUCUGGAGAAGUGAUUCAAAGGAUUAUGGGCAAUUAUUCGCGUAUCUGUCUAAACUUAUUCGAUAAGAUUGUCAAUGUCCGCUUUGGCCAUGGAUUGCUCAUCAGUCAUCAGGUUGUCGGUGAACUCCAUCAGAAUGUUCUCGAAUCUCGUCUGGAUAUAUGGCGAAUGGGGAAUGCACGGGAAUUUGAAGCUAAAAGCACUGUGUGUCUUGCUCCCAUUUCCAUUUUUAAUGUGAUCUAUCCAGUUCUCAUUGGCCAUGACGAAAAUUACAUCGUCGUUCACAGCAGCGACCCGCCUCGUUUUGAAAUCAUAUCGACGUCUUCUCUGAACCUCACCAGGACCAUCGACGCUUUCGAUAAAUGUCCCAGUGCUAAGUACAAGGACGGAUUAAUUGUGUCGAGUUCCGCCAAGAGGCAGAUGGGCACUCACACACGCACCUGCUGCAUCAUCAGGAUAUUGGACGCGGAAACGGGUUUGUGCUUGCGGGAAAUUCAAGAGCCUGAACCCUCAAUUCCACAUCCUCAUCUCAAUUUCUAUCAUCUAGUUGGAUUCACCACCAAUUAUCUAAUCACUGUACCGUACCUGUCAAUGUUGAAGAAACGAGUAAUCAAAAUCCGAGAUCUCAGCGUUGCCAUAGACCUGCACAGCAAUCAGACUUCCGCAUCGACUGAUGUCCUUGCAACUCUUGAACUGGAUUGGGGUACCGCGUUGAACGAUCGUUUCAUAGUUGACGAUUUCCAGCUCGUUUAUUUUCAUUCUCAUGCACUUGUCGUGCACAGUUUUGCUCCAGAAGUUUAAUGAGUGGAUUGCAGCGUUCCUAAAAUUCCCUUCAAAUGUUACUGUUGGCGAUCCAUAACAUGAGCUAUUUUGUUUGGUUUUUUUCACUAUUGGUGUUGUUGAACCUUGAUUAAAAAUUUAUGGGUCACAGUUUCGCCCCCGCACAGCA